CCGCUUGUGUCGGCAAGUGGUCUCUCGUCGCGCGGCGCAUACACACGCUGAUAUCCGCUCUGGGGACGACGCGCGGACUCGCAAUGAGACACACAUCUCACGCGACUUGCUAAUCCCACAAGUCGCAAUCACCUUCGACCCCCCAAGGUCGAUUUGCGUGUAUCCAGAGGACAAUUUUACCAACGAAUAGAAAUUUUAAUUUCGAGGUUUUGAAGACGCGCGCGAGUGUGUUUGUUGUUCGCGCAGUGUGAAAGUGUAAAAGCUUCAAGACGCGGUCCGACGAGAGCGCACCGACGGAGCGCGGCGGCGCAGGCGGAGGCGGCGGCUAUCCGACGGCGUCCCCGUGGCCGGCGCUUUCGCUGCCGGCGCCCGAACUGGACCCGGUGGCGUGGGGCCGCAAGUUGUAUCCGGGUACCGGCGGGCCGCGCGUGGCCGCCACCGGCGCCGGACUCAUGUUCGGGUUGCACCAUCAUCAGGAUGCCGGCGGGCUGCAUCAUCAUCAUCAACCGCGUGGACCCUCACUCAAAGAGGAACCCAUCACCACAACGAGAGCAUGGAUGCAACCCACCGUACCCGAUCAAACAGGGAUUGGUGUUGGACGAGCGCACUUUGAAAAGCAACCACCUAGUAAUCUACGCAAAUCCAACUUCUUCCACUUUGUGAUUGCUUUGUACGAUCGUGCAGGUCAACCGAUAGAAAUCGAACGCACUGCAUUCAUUGGAUUCAUCGAAAAAGAUCAGGAAGCCGAUGGGCAGAAAACCAACAACGGUAUCCAGUACAGAUUGCAACUGUUGUACGCCAACGGUGUGCGACAGGAGCAGGACAUCUUCGUGCGUCUCAUCGAUUCGGUCACCAAGCAGGCGAUCGUGUAUGAAGGACAAGAUAAGAAUCCGGAAAUGUGUCGAGUGCUGCUAACGCACGAAAUCAUGUGCAGUCGAUGCUGUGACAAAAAAAGUUGUGGGAACCGAAACGAGACACCAUCAGAUCCUGUGAUAAUAGACAGAUUUUUCUUAAAAUUCUUCUUGAAGUGUAACCAAAAUUGCCUGAAGAACGCUGGAAAUCCACGAGACAUGCGGAGAUUCCAAGUCGUCAUAGCGACGCAAGUGACCGUCGACGGGCCGCUCCUUGCGAUCUCGGACAACAUGUUCGUCCACAACAACUCCAAGCAUGGGCGACGCGCGAAACGUCUCGACCCCGCCGAAGGUACUUAUGUCAACAGUCUUUAUCCACCUUUACCAGUUGCAACACCCUGUAUAAAAGCCAUCAGUCCUUCGGAGGGAUGGACGUCAGGCGGCUCCACAGUCAUCAUUGUCGGUGACAACUUUUUCGACGGUUUACAAGUUGUUUUUGGCACGAUGUUGGUUUGGAGCGAGUUGAUCACACCGCAUGCGAUUCGGGUCCAGACUCCACCACGGCACAUACCUGGUGUGGUUGAGGUUACGUUGUCGUACAAAUCCAAACAAUUUUGCAAGGGUGCACCUGGACGAUUUGUAUAUGUUUCUUUAAAUGAACCUACGAUUGAUUAUGGGUUCCAAAGACUACAAAAACUCAUUCCCAGACAUCCGGGAGACCCAGAAAAAUUACCAAAGGAAAUCAUUUUAAAACGAGCAGCAGAUCUCGCCGAGGCGUUAUACACGAUGCCCCGCAACAACCAACUGGGUCUAACCGGUCCACGAUCACCAACCAUGGGUCAGAAUGGUAUGGCGUCCAGCUUCAACACGUACACGGGUCAGCUGGCCGUCAGCGUGCAGGAGAGCGGAAACGGUCAGUGGACUGAAGAAGAGUACGGCCGAGCCCAGAGCAGCAGCGUGUCUCCGCGUGGCGGCGGCUACUGUUCCAGCGCCUCAACUCCGCACUCCUCGAACGGCGGCUCCUACGGCGGCGGCGGCGGCAUGAACGGCUACGGCGGCGCAACGCCCACCAGCAACGGCAUGCUGCCCGGCUCACCUUCGGCCACGGGCGGCGGCAUCUUCAAUUCUACGCCGAUAUCGGCUGAAGCUGUACAUAAUUAUUUUGGCACACACCAUCACCAUCAGCACACGGCAUCUAGCGCGGCGGCGGCUGCGACCAAAGCGGAGAAAGAGAAGAGCGCGUUCGCGCCGGUGGUGCGCGGUUCGCCGCCCCCGGGGGCGCCUGGGCACGCAUUGCAUCCGCAUCCGCCGGCUCCCGCGCUUUUUCACCACCAGCCCGUCACCGGCUGGCAUCACUUGGCCGUGCAGUGAAUGGGUUUAGUGUCAUCACCAUUCGCCUCGAUGAAUCCGUUCGCGCUGCCAACGUGUAACGCGCAGAGCUAUGGCAGCACGCUGGUGGGCGGCACGAAAUAGCACCAUGCGGACGGCAGCGCAGACGGCGGCACGCCACCGUCUGAGCACGCCGCCGCCGCCACCGCCACGCACCCCGCCGUCGUCAACAGUGCAAUGUAUCCGGUGUGAACCACGUAACGCGUACCAAAGACGAAAAAGUAUUACUCUUCUACGAUUAGUAACUAUCACCAAAUCUCAACUAGUUCAACUCAAUUCUUAAACACUUGUAAUAAAAAAAAGAAUCAAAUCUGUGAUCUACGCUCUACUGAAACGAAUCGACAUGAACAACCACACUUUGGCAUAUCUUGACACUCGAAAAUACAUAUCGCUUUUAAGCUGGGAAAUUUAGUCUAAUUAUUAAUCGUUUUAUUCGCAAGAAAAUCGUCGGAAAUGAGAUCAAAUUUUUUUGGGAAAAUAAACAAACACAAUGUGUAAUAUACUUAGAUUUGUAGUUUUGUAUAAAAAACUGAAUUGAAAAGUGUACAUAUUUAUAAAUAUUUAAGGCAAAAAACGUGCAAAAUUAAUAUUUAGCGAAUGAGUCUUGACGAACGUAUUGUAAGGAAUGUACAAAGUAAAAAAACAAAAACGAGUGACGCUUAAAAUUAAUCACUCGUUGAUUUAUAACUUAAACACACACACAAACAAGAAAAACAAACACACGCGAAUAGGUUUACUCAACAACGACGUCUCUAUUUUCUAAUGAUAAAUUCGACAUCAUUGUCAUAUCACUAAAGAUAAUAUAUAAGUUUAAAUUAGCUAAUCAACGACAUACUGUAUAUACAUUUCGCGAUUUAAUUGUAUCUUGAAUCACACAGCAAAUCGUCUGAAUCUAUAAAAUCAUCUCCCUCAAAAUCAACACGAUAACAAAGUUACAAAGUGAGACACAAAUAACGAACAAGUAUACGAUGAAAAAUUCUAAGCUAUAAUAAAUUCUAUUUAAAAGGUAAACAAGAUAAAUACGCAAGGAAUUAGCACAGAUUUUUGUGUCUAAUGUCAUACAGUUAAACAUCAAGUGCAAACACAUUGAAUAAUUAUGAAAACAAACAAAUAGACCGAUAUAAUUUUGUAUUAUUAGACUUUGUCGAGUUUUAUGAUGUCACAGUGGCGUAGCUACCCGGUAAGUUAUAAAAAACUUACAAAAAAGUAAAAAUUUUGCUUUAUUUUUUAUUUUUUUGUUUUUAAUUUUAAUUUGAGAACAGUUUACAU